CCAUAGCUUCAGUCGUUUCUCCAUAAAGUCUGCUGACUAAAUGGCCCUUUCUUUGUAAUUAGGCCAUAAUUCGCCUCAUAAAAUUGCUAGUUUUACAAGAGCGGUCCUGGUCUCAUGGAGGAAAUGACAGCUUGCCCUCCUUUCCAGCUGGGGAAAUCGCGGUUCGAUCAGAACACAUUCUCUGGCAGGCUGAAACAUUUCCUGGAAGUGAUCGACCCACGCACUCUCUUUGUGUCACAGAGUCACCUGAAUGAGAGUGUGAAACUCCUGGAUGAUUUCAAACAUGGAACCCUUCCGCCAGGAGUGUCAGAUGAGCAGCUUUGGCAGGCUCAGAAAAUCAAACAGGCCAUCAUCCAUCCAGACACUGGGGAGAAGAUCUUCAUGCCCUUUCGGAUGUCAGGUUACGUCCCAUUCGGAACACCAAUAGUGGUGGGGCUGCUGCUUCCAAACCAGACCCUGGCAUCCACAGUGUUCUGGCAGUGGCUGAACCAGAGUCACAAUGCCUGUGUCAACUACUCCAACCGCAACGCCACAAAGCCCACGGCAGCCUCCAAGUUUCUCCUGGGAUACCUCGGUGCAGUCACCAGCGCCGUCUCCAUAGCGGUCGGGCUCAACGUGCUGAUCCAGAAAGCCAGCAAGUUCAGCCCAGCAACCCGUGUUCUGGUGCAGAGGUUCGUCCCGUUCCCAGCCGUGGCCAGUGCCAACGUCUGUAACGUCGUCCUCAUGAGGCACACGGAGCUGUCCGAGGGCAUCGAUGUGCUGGACACCGCCGGCAAUGUGGUCGGCACCUCCAAAAUUGCGGCCAAACACGCAUUAUUGGAGACGGCCUUGACUCGAGUGGUCCUGCCUAUGCCAAUCCUGGUCCUUCCCCCUGUGAUCAUGGCUUUUCUGGAGAGACUCCCCCUGCUCCAGACCCACAGGAAGCUGGUUCUGCCAGUCCACAGCCUUGUGUGCCUGGCCGCCUUCGGCUUGGCCCUGCCUCUGGCCAUCAGCCUCUUCCCACAGAUGUCCCAGAUUGAGGUGUCACAAUUGGAGCCAGAGAUCGCUAUGGCAACGGAUGGCGAGGUGGUGACUUACAACAAGGGCCUGUAGCUUGUAACCUGUAACAGAAACAGCACAGGCGAAGGAAAUGGAGGGUUAUGUUCAACUCCAGCUCUGCUUUCUGAGUCGCUUUGCUUUUUAGACAUGAGCCAGUAAUCUUCAAUUACUAGUUCUUUCCAACUGGUGGUUGGAAAUAUCAUGAAAUGGGACUGGAUUAAAUGGGACAUUUAGGUAAAUCAUUGCAAACCGAGAGUCAAAGUGAAAUGACGUGACAGCCCACUAGGAGGGACUGGGGCUAAGGCUGGGAGGGUUGAGUGUUGGGUUUGACACAUCAUACAGCUAUUUAUUGCGAGUGUGGUUCUAAGCCCUGCUGAGAGAGCUGUGAGGAGACUGAAUAACCAGUGAACCAGAGUUCAGUCAUACAACACCAGGCAUUUCCAGACUGGAGCCAUGUUCCUCUUGCAAAAUGAGGGUGAUUUGGGUCCAGGGCAACAGCUGCUGAAAAUAACAGGGCAGAUACGGAUCCCUGACCUGAGCCGGUUCCAGUUCCAUCCUCCAUUUCAGGAUUUUGAAAUUUCUUGCUUGCAUUUCCCUUUCUUCAUUGCACUUCCUCCUCAGUAUCAGUUUACGUUGAGGUGGCCAAUAGGCUGGUGAGAAACCGUACAGAUCAAAAAUGCACACAACUAUGGACAACUGCCAAGACUUAACAUAACUGCAUCAAUUUGUGGAAGCCCAUACAAAAAUGAUAGAUUUAAAAUAUAUUUUUGAGAAUAUAUU